UUCGCGAGGUAAGCAAAGCCACAUUUCGAUGAUUCGCAUAAUGGGUCAAGCUGAACUUGAUGCUUGAGUGGCCCAUUUAACACUCCCUAUAGGUUAAAUCAUCUGUACUAGGGAUCCCGUGGAAAAAUUCAAUCGUUCAUUGUUUCUUGCUUUCAAAAAUCAGAAGAAUUCUCCAUGGAAGCAAGCAGUUUUAAGCGAUCAUCACAGCGAGAAGAAGAGGUGAUAAAUGUAUGCUUAGAGGUCAAUAAGAAAGUUUGUUUAAAUAUAAAGAGGUCAGAGACCAUUAGAAAUGUGAAAGCGAUGUUAUGUGAGAAGGAAGGUAUAUCCGAAUGUCUGCAGGAGCUCUUUUUUAAAGGUUACCGUCUCAAGGAUGCCCAGAGACUGGUAGAUUGUGGAAUUGAUAAAAAUUCGACUGUCCAAGUUUUUGUCCAUAAUUCAGUACCUAUCAAUCUGUUCAUCAAAAUGCCGACUGCUAAGAAAACAAUUACUGUUGAAGUGAAGCCUAGCGAUACCAUCCAGAACAUCAAAACUCAGAUCAGGGAGAAAGAAGGCGUCUUUUCAGAUCGGUACACACUGAUUUCUGCUGGAAAGCCGCUUGAUGAUAAUCAGACUGUAGAAUGUCUCAACAUUCCGGGCGGUUCAACCCUUCAUAUGUUGUUGAAUCCAAAAGACAAGUUGCUAAUUUCUGUAAAAAUGCGAACUGGAGAGAUUCUGAAGCCAGAAGUUAAGCUCUUGCACACAAUUUGCGACGUCAAAACAAUACUUGAGAGCAUGGUUGGUUUGUCUCUUAAUGAUAUGGUACUAACUUAUGCUGGAAAGCAACUGGUGGAUUCAAAGACUCUCUCUUCUUUGAACAUCAGAGAAGAAUCAGUUUUAGAAAUGUUGCCUCUUUCUUAUCCAAUAUUUAUCAAGAGCUCGUGUGGCAAAACUAUAACUUUUGAUGUGCAUCAACAGGACAUCAUUAAAUCUCUGAAGAGCAGGAUCUUUCAAAAAAUAAAAGUGCCAACUUAUUUCCAGCUCAUGUUUGAGGGGAAACGUCUAGAGGAUGAUCGAGAUCUGGGUAGCUACAAUAUUCAGAGUGACUGCACCCUCCAUUUGGUUUUCUGGCCAUCAACCUUAAUCCGCCGGACUAAACUAUCUAUUGCAGGCGCUAUACAAGAUUCUACUACCAUUAAUGACUUGAAGAAGAAAAUUCAGCAAACGAUGGACAAGCCUGUGAGAGAACUAAUCGUGAACGGCAAGGCAUUAGAAAGUCAACUAACCAUUGGUGAUUAUGGUAUUAAAAUGAACACAGUUAUUGAUGUGGCUUUGGAAGUGCAAUGAGCGAUUUCCAUCAUCUCUAUUGUAGCCGAUUGUUCGUGUAGUCUUGGUGCAACCACUACGGAGAUUUCUAUACUAAAGACAGUACCGAGGCUAAGUACUGAUAUUUUUGCAGCUUACUGCAAUGAACUCUUUUGUUACCCUUUCAACGUUUCUUUCUUUAUUGUCAGCCUGUUUAUUACUUUUUACUAUUAUUCUAUGCACUUUUAUCUACUUUGUUCCC